UUUCACAUUCUCGACCAAGCCGGUGGUUGUGCGCGCGCGUUUGUUACGCUACAGUUUUAACAAAUAAAUUGAUUUGAAAAAGUGCUGCUAUUCAAACAUGGUGAAUAUCUCUCUGACGUGGAAACAAUUAUGCUGUCCUAAACGUCAGUUAAUCAACUCGACUACCAUUAGCUCCUACUCAACAUAACAAGAAACUUCUUAAAUAUAACAACCUUAACAACAACAAUUACACAACAGCACCCACUUACUCAACAACAUCAACCAAAAAUUUAACCCAAAUAAGAGAAAAACAAGAAUAACCACAAUUGCAAAAAAGGAAGAAAAACCAUAAAAAGUUUUUCUUUUGCUGUCGUGUGUUGAAAGGGUUAAAAGGCAAGUGGAGGAAAGUUAACGUUGAUCCUAUAAGAAGUUUUCACGUACGUGCUUGGAUUUCCGCGAAACGCAGCAGACAACAACCACAAACGCAAGGAAGUUCAGCCGAGUCUUUGGAGAGUGAUAGUGCGAGUUAGAUAGGAACGGGGAGUGAUAUUAAUAGCAGUUAGUUUUUUGGAGUGUGUGUGCGGCCGUAUCUACUUAAAUAUUUUCUUUUUUAUUUCACCGUUUUGUGUAUAGUGUGUAUGUUUGAUUUUAAUUUUACAAUAUUUAUUGCAAGCUUUUAGGCAGGCAGAAAAACAUUUAAAAACAUUUAGUUUAAGCUCAGCCAACAUUUAGGGCUAGGGAGGCUACUACACCAGUAGGGUUAAAAAACCACCAAUUUUUCAGGGUAUUUUAGUUUGUAUUGAAUCGCAUCGCGAGUACUUCAAUUUUCAUUAUGAAAAUAACAACAAUGAAGUUUAAGCGCAAAAAUGGCUGUUUAGAAAAUAUUUGAAAAGAAAUUCUGUAUUAACUAAUUAAGAUUUUUUUUCGAAUAUAAUUUAUAUUGUUGUAGUAUUGUAUUUAUAAGUUUUAAUAUUUGUUUAGUAGACUUUUCCUUCCCCAUUUAAGUGGUUUUCAUUUGUUCCGAAAAGCCAUUCAGAUUGUAUAGCCAGUACACGAACCAUUUAGCACAGACACGUUUUCGAUUAUCUUUUACGAGUAGUAACAACAACAAUAAGCUUACUCAGUUAUCAGUUCGACGCAGAGAGAGAGAGAGAGACAGUUAGUUGGAGAGCGAACGAGAGUAAUAAAGUGCGCGACUUUUUGAGCGAAGAGUUUAAUUGGAGAGCAGAGCAAUGGAGCCCCUAUCACCGGAUUUGCUAUGGAUGGUCAUACUUGGCUUUAUCAUAGCGUUUGUCUUAGCCUUCGGCAUUGGCGCUAACGAUGUAGCUAAUUCAUUUGGCACCAGCGUCGGAUCCGGCGUGUUAACCAUACGCCAGGCAUGCGUCCUGGCCACCGUUUGUGAAAUAUCUGGAGCGAUUUUAAUUGGUUACAAAGUAUCGGACACCAUGCGGAAGGGCAUACUUGAGGUUGGACUAUACGAGGGCGCUGAGGAGGAACUUAUGCUGGGCUGUGUGGCCGCCCUGGCCAGCAGUGCAAUUUGGCUGCUUGUCGCCACUUUUCUGAAGCUGCCCAUUUCGGGCACCCAUAGCAUUGUUGGCUCUACCAUUGGCUUUUCGCUGGUUGCACGCGGAACUGAGGGCCUCAAGUGGUCCACGUUGGGUACCAUUGUCGGAUCAUGGUUCAUUUCGCCAGUGAUGAGUGGCUUGGUGAGCAUCUUCCUGUUUCUGGCCAUACGACGCUUCAUUUUGCGCGCCAAAGAACCGCUAAAGGCGGGCUUCCGAUCGCUGCCUAUUUUCUAUGGUGUUACCUUUUUCAUAAAUGUUAUCAGCGUCGUACUGGACGGGCCGAAAUUGCUCUACAUGGACAAUAUUCCGACUUGGAUUGCUUUUAGCGCUAGCGUAGGUAUGGGCCUGUUAGUGGCGCUGCUGACGCAACUAGUGGUAGUGCCGUUGCAACGUCGAAAGAUUGCGAAGCAGCUACGUGCCCAGAACCCAGUUAAGUUCCAGUUUGAGGAAUCUGUCGAAUCUUCACCGUCCGGAAGCCCUAAAAAGCAGCGCCGCCCACUCUCGCUGGUUAGCGAGGGCAAACCACUGCCAGCCAUUGCCGAAAUCACCGAGCUGGUCUCAUUGAGCGACAACUCGCCGAAGACGUUUAAACUGGCACCUUAUGGCCUGGCCGCCAAGAACAAUAACACUCCCGUUGAUGGCUAUAAAAUCAAUCCAGAGCUUAUUAAGAAGGCUGAAGAUUUGCUGGGAAAGGCCAGCCUCGAUAACACCGAUCUAACCAUAACCAGCUUGAAUUUUAUCGACGAGCAGCAACAAAUGCAGCCAUCACAACAGAAUGGGCGCAAGCUGGAGGAAUGCUUCAAGCUUGUCCAAUCGCCCAAGGAGGAGCAGAGGAGCAACAAGCCACAACAGCAACAACAACAUGCAGUGCCCAAUACCGCACCAACGGGCACUAAUAACAAUCUACAGGUGGUCGAGAGUGCAGGCAGUUUAGAGCUUAUGAUGAGCGCUACCUUGUCGCCCAACUCCAGCAAGGUGCCAUUAAUCGAGAGCAAGGAGGCACUCAAUGAGGAAGAGUUGAAGGGCACGCCUGCGCGUCGGGCUUCCAAUGUCGAGGAAACCGAAGAAGUGUCAAUGUUGUUCUCGUUCCUUCAAAUAUUGACGGCCACCUUUGGUAGUUUUGCGCAUGGUGGCAAUGAUGUCAGCAAUGCUAUUGGACCCCUAAUAGCACUCUACAUGAUCUAUCGCGAGGGCUCGGUAGCGCAAAAAGCAGAAAGUCCUAUUUAUAUUUUGAUCUACGGCGGCAUUGGCAUCUCCGUAGGUUUAUGGCUGUGGGGACGGCGUGUUAUCGAGACUAUUGGCAAUGAUCUGACAAAGAUUACAUCAUCGACUGGGUUCACAAUUGAAAUUGGUGCCGCCAUUACCGUACUGCUGGCCAGCAAAGUUGGUCUGCCCAUUUCGACAACGCAUUGUAAGGUCGGUUCAGUGGUCUUUGUGGGUCAUGUCAGCUCUAUGGGCAAAAAGAAACCGGAGAAGCAGACACAGGAAAUAGGCCAGGAUAUGAAGUCAGCAUUAGAAGCAGAGUCGAAGGAACCGCGAGAGGAUGGUAGCGUCGAUUGGCAUUUAUUCCGAAAUAUCGCCUAUGCUUGGAUAGUCACUGUGCCCGUCACUGCGCUGCUUAGCGCUGGCAUUAUGUACUUGCUUUGCGCCAUCGUCCUAUAGAAUGCGCGCCGCUCCUAAGCUAAGACACUUGCCGACUCUCUUCCACGGGAGCUAUUCAAUUAUUAAUUGUAAUACUAACUAAAGUUUCGUAACUGUGCAAGUAAAAAAAGUUGAAAAAAAAAACUAAGACAAGAACAAAUAACUCGCGUAACUAAAGCAAAACAAAAAAAAACCAUUGUAUUUAGCAUCUAGCUUGUCUCGCUGAUAGCUGAUAUUGAUAAUUACAUUCUUUUAAAUAUGUACUCGUAUACCGCGUUUAUUGAUUUAGUUUUUAAAACUUCACUGGCAUUUUGAGUGAUUUGUUUAAUAAUUGAGUAAUUUUUAAAAAUAUAA